CCCCCAGCCUUGAAUACAUAUACCACCAUUCUUAUUACCUCCUCGUCAUAAAUUCUUUGGAUAUUUGCAAAAACUGUGUCCUUCCAUUCACAUUUCAAGUUGCCUUCUUCACUGGCCAUUUUACCAAAAUUUAACUGCCUCUUGAAGACUCUUCUGAGGAGACCGAGCUAGAACACUUUGGUGGAAUCGGCAUUGCUGCGAGAUAUUGCAAGGAUUUUGGUGAGUUAUAUGAACUUGAGGAGAAUGACGAGGAGGCUAUUCUAUUCUUUGAACGGGCGUCUGAAUAUUUGGAAAAUGCAGAAGCAACAACCUCAGCCAAAUAGUGCAAACUGAAAGUUGCUCAAUUUUCUGCUCAACAAGAACGAUACCAGAAGGCGAUUGAGAUAUAUGAAAAAAUAUGGAGUAAGAGGACCACUGCUUAAUGCUGGCAUUUGCCAUCUCUGUAGAGGUGAUGUUUUUGCAAUAAUGGAAGUAGCUAGGCACAAAUAUAUUGAUCCUGGUGUUGCAAUAAUAGAACCGCUUCUUAAUCCUACUCUUCUCUCUCACCAGUCCCUAACUCUCGCUCCAUUUUUCUUCAGUUCAUUCUUCGUAAAUUCAUCCAGUAGUGACGACUUUGCUGCAUUUCUUGAGGCAGAGCUAGAAGCUACUUCAGCUGAAUCAUCACUAGAUGAAGACGCUGAAGAUGACAACUAUAAAAUGAGGAAGCAAGGGAUGAAGAACCUAAGGAUGAGGAAGCCAGAGAUGAAGAAGCCAAGGAUGAGGAGGUUGCAGAUGAUAAUGGCCUCAAUCGCAAGAGUAUAUGUUUGGGAAGAAUGUAGAGCACAAGUUCACAGGUAUCCAGAUGCUGCUUAUUGUGCUUUUGAGUUAGAAAAUGAUGCUCGAGCUGCUCUCAUUACUUUCUGCGAAGAAAGUUAAUGGUGUAAAGAAGUAAACAAUCCUUGUGCACAUUUUUUUAAAUAAUGUUUUGGUGUAACAAGAUGCUAUAUAAUAUUGGUUUUUUCUUAAUAUUUCCUUUGCAGAAUUCUAUUCUCGUUUGUUCUUUAUGUCAAGGUGGCAUGGAGGUGGGUAUUUCCAUUGUAAAGACACUAUCGGUCAACAUUUUUUGAGUUGUCAAAUUGCAGUAAUUGCAAUCAUUCCUUUUAUGUUAUAAUUAUUUAAUGUUUGUAUUUUUAUGCAUUAAUUAUGUUUGACUUCC